AUGCCCAUUGCGUCAGUGAACGACGAUAGAUUCCAAUUUUACUACGAAGACAGCGGUGUACCUCCUGGCUCGGAUGAUUACACUACCCUUGUGUUAGUACAUGGCGCUGUCUACCACGGCGCGAUAUUCCGCCCCAUGUUCUACUUUGCUGCAGGCCACAAUUUGCGCCUGGUUACUCUCAAUUUUCGCGAUAAUCCCGGCUCGACACCCUAUUCAGCUACCGAGCUCAAUGCACUCAAAGACGGCGACAUUGAAGCCCAGAAGGGUCAGAUUCGAGAGCAGGGCUUGGAGUUGGCGGCAUUUAUUACAUGGUUCAUUCAAACAGAGGGAAACCUCCCAGUUGAGCCUUCUGAAAGAGGAGGACCUUUAUCUGGAGGUAUAGCUGUCCUCGGAUGGUCCAUGGGGAACCUCCCAGUGCUUUCCAUGCUUGCACAUGCCGAUGAACUGCCCAUAGAGACACAGCGUUUAUUCGAGCAGUACCUGAGAGUACUAUUAUUGUUUGACCCUCCUUAUUUUGUCCUCGGGGGUCCAGGCCCACGCAGAUCCAGACUUGUUGGCCUCUCAGGGAAAGGGCCCCCGGACGAAGUUGUAAAGACAUUCACCCUUUGGGUGAACGGGUAUUACGAACAUUCUCCUGCAAUGCUUUUAUCGCUUGCAGAGAUUGACGAAGUGCAGCUUGAUGCUGGCGUAUCAGAACAGUGGCUCCAGGAUCCUCCUCAUCAAACACCGACUAUCUGUCGUAUGACAGCUGCUCAACAAACGGAAUGUACUAAGCCCUCCAUCUUCAGCAGACUUCUUAUCCCGCUAUCCGAUAUGGAUUCUGCGGUGUGCGACGAAAACGCGCGGCGCGCCCUAAUGGAUAAGACGAUCUGGCCACAUUUACGCCUCGAGUUUAUUUGCAUCCAACUCCAAUAUGAAGACAGUGGUGCACCUAUUGGAUCGGCACCCUAUGUCACUCUUGUGCUAGUGCAUGGUGCCAUUUUCCAUGGCGCAAUCUUCCGUGCUAUGUUGGUCAAGGCAUCAGUUUACAAUUUACGCAUUGUUACUGUGAAUCUUCGCAACUAUCCCGGUUCCACACCUUACUCGGAUAACGAGCUCAACGCACUCGGAGAGGGCCCUCGCGGCCAGAAGUCCAUAUUUCGGUCACAAGGUCUUGAGCUUGCGUCUUUCAUCGAAUCAUUUAUUCGUGCCGAGAACAUACCGCCCGUUGUUUUCUCCGGAGAAGGAAAGUCAGUCUCAGGAGGGCUAGCUAUGCUCGGAUGGUCCAUGGGGAAUAUCCCGACACUCAGUACGCUCGCGCACGCUGAUGAAUUAUCAGCUGAGACUCAAGCAGUCUUUAAUCAGUAUUUACGGACGCUAAUUCUGUUUGACCCACCGGACUUUGUCCUCGGCGCACCAGAUUCGUACACAUUUAGCCCUGCCUUUCUCGCUCAAGAACCGACUGACGAGGUUGCGGCGGAAUUCAUGCUUUGGGUCUCGAGUUAUUACUCUCAUUCCCCAUCGCUCUUGUCGUCACUUGCAGAAGCAGACACGGCACAGCUAGUCGCUGGUACAGCGACAGAGUCAAUCAAGGACCCGCCUCCUCAUCACGCCCCCUCCCUCACUCGCAUGUCUACGCUUGAGGUAACAGAAUGUGCCGACCGGAAGGUUUUUGCCCCAUUGGUCAUGCCGCUUGGGGCUUCCGACCGGGAAGUAUAUGACGAGAACAUACGUCGCGCCCUCUUUGACAAAACAAUCUGCCCACAUCUGAAUGUUGAGUUCAUCUGGUGCGACAUGUCUCCCGAAAUGUUUACGCACUCUAUGUGGUAUAUGUACAAGCUGCAGGCGGAGGCUCGUCUGAUGAAUGGACGCACAAUCAAUCUUAGGAGACUGAAAGGGGCUAAUCAUUUCGCUCACUGGGACCAGCCCGAAGCUACUCUCAGAUUUUUGGCGGACCUAUUGUGA